GGCGUAAACAGAUUAAUUUCCUGCAUUUGAGAAGAACCCUAUCAGAACAGCAGAGGGAGCUUGCGGUGGGACUUCUGAUCCUGUCCCCUGUGAAUCUAAACAAAAAGCAUUUAGGGCUGGGAAAUUCCUUGGCGGCGUAUUCAGAUUCGUGGGGCGGUGGGUUACAAUCCCACCCCCUUCUCCUAUAAAUGAGAUCCAGGGCUGAAUGAAAGCAACAGCACUAACUCAUUUCAACUCUCUCUGAACACUUAGAAAGUUCUUUAUUAAGCAUGGAUUCAGCUUUUCUGUUGACUUUGCUUCUACCAGUUGCAGUUGUUUCCCAUGUACUGGACCUGCCAUCGAAACCUCUGUUCAAAGCGGGAGACAGGAGGGAGUUGACAUGCAAAAUGUCAUCUUGCCCAGAGAAGGUGAAGUUUACUUGGACCUCGGUAGAAGACAAACCAAUAUUCGCCACAGUUAAUACGAAGGACAAAGAAUCUGUGCUGGUCUUUGAAAAUGUGAGGAAGUAUCACGAAAACACCAUAGUGUGCAAAGCAAUCUGUGAGAAGGAAACAAAACAGGCGAAAACAAAGAUUACCGUUUAUUCUUUUCCAAGAAACCCAGUUAUAUCCAGGUAUGAUCGCUUGAUACUGGGAAAGGAAAGCGUUUUGGACUGUGAGGUAUCUUCUGUAUACCCUUCGGAGUACUUUGAAGUGCAGUGGCUAAAUGGAGACAAGGUUCUCGAAACUGAUGAGGGAAAACAUGGCACAGAUGUAUUGAGGAUUCCAUACAUAUUCACACCUUCAAGUGAGGAUGAUGGGAAGGCAAUAACGUGCAGAGCAACACUCCGUCUGGAGGGUGUUCCCUCCGAUGAGAUGACCAAGGAGACGUCUGGACGCAUGAAAGUUCUUUCUGCACCGCAUAACGUUAAAGUAUCUGGAGCGACUGCCGUCUCACUGGGAUCCAAUUUAACUUUGACCUGCGAGGCUGAGGGCAACCCAAAGCCUGAAUUUACAUGGACGGCUCUUAAACCAGAUGGCCAGUCUGUGGAAAUGGGAAAAAGUCACGAUCUCUUCAUGCAUAAUGUGUCCUUAUCGGAUGCUGGUACUUAUCAGUGUGACGUUAGCAAUGACUUGGGAAGACAAAACACCACAGUUUCAGUAAUCAUUCAAGCACCUCCCAUGGAUACCCUCAUUGUAGCAAGUCCACAAUCAAGUCUGAAGGAAGGAGACACUGUGAGCAUUUCCUGCAAGUCCAGCAGUGUUCCAGUAACACAAGUGGUUCUUAGCAGGAGGGAGAAUGGUAAAGACAGAGAGCUCAUGACCAGUGAAGGGGAUGAAACAUCAGUUAUCCUCCACUCCGUCAAGCUGUCCGACUCUGGCAUGUUUGUUUGUGAGGCUUUCAAUGAGCACGGCAGUCAGAGGACCACUCUCAAUCUGACCGUUGAGGCCCAUUCUCUAGAAGUGGAGCUGCAAUCGGAUAGCGUCAUUGUGUCAGACAGAGGCUCCAGUGUGGUGCUCUCCUGUCAGGCUUCAGGUUGCCCUCGACCUGAGUUCUCCUGGAAGAAUCUUUCAAAUAUGCCGAUCCUCAGGCGAAUUAAGCCUGAUGGCUUCCAGUCCCAGCUUUUUCUUGAUCCAGUGGAGCUGGAAGAUGAGGGAACUUACCUCUGUGAGGUCACAUGUGGCUCAAUAAAGAAGUCCAAACAGACGGAAGUGAAGGUGUUUUCAUUUCCUACAAGUCCUAUCAUAAAAGGUUCUGGACCUUUUCUGGUAAAAGAGAUGAUGAAAUUGACCUGCACUGUUCAGGAAGUUUUCCCGGCCAACCUUUUCCAAAUCCUGUGGAUGGAUGGAGAGAGAGAAAUGCAUUCGGAAUUUGGGUCAUUUUCAAAUGGAACAACAAAUCUGACUUCAGUGUACUCAUACCGCAUAGACAGGAAAGACCAGGGCAAACUCAUCACCUGCAAAGUCUUGCUGGACAUGCAUGGUGUGCCAGCCGCUCAAGUAGUAAGGACGGCGUCUACUACAUUAUCCAUUCACUAUCCCCCCAGAGCAACCAAGAUUACUGUCAGCCCUCUGACAGAGUUGAAGGAAGGAGAAACUGUGAGCAUUUCUUGCGUUUCUGACAGCUUUCCAGUGGGGCGUACGGUGCUGAGCAGGGUGUCGGACAGCAUUCAAACAGAGCUAAUGGCCAGUGAUGGAGUUGAAACAUUGCUUACCCUCCCUUCGGUUGCGCUCGAUGACUCUGGCUUCUAUGUUUGUCAAGCUUCUAAUAUGUAUGGAAAUCACAGUGAUAGUGUGGAGAUUACUGUGAACGCACCACCUAGGAACACAACGGUGGAGAUCUUUCCAUCCACAGAUGUUCAGGAGGGGCAGAAUAUCACCAUCUGUUGUCGCUCCGUGAGCUUCCCUCCACCUGCGGUGUUCCUCAGCAAGCUGGAUAGCGAGACAAACAUCUACUCCCUUGAUGGCAUCUUCCUACUGAUCAACCUCACUCCCAAUGACACAGGCCUAUAUCAGGUCAACGUCACCAACGACCUAGGCUAUGAGACGGAGAUUUUCAAUAUCAACGUGAUGGAGAAAAAAUAUGACUCUCCAUUGGUUUGGAAUGACUUUAUAAUCCCUGCGAUUUGCCUGGGAGCCGCUGCUGCGCUGCUUGGUGCUGUGGUGAACGUGUGGAGAGCCAGAAAGAAGGGAUCGUACGACCUUACGAAGUGCAAUCCGGGCACUGUGUAGACUGUGUAUAGACUCCAUGAACUGUUUUGGAAGCAGCUAAGCUCGGCUGAACUGUCUUGCCAGGGCCCAGAGCCCUACCGAAAGCAAGAACUGCAGGUGACUGGAUUCAUCAUCUGGAUCUUCAGGUGACAAACCCCCAGCCGGAUGGGAACCUGCAUUCUCCACAGCCAGAGACAAUCAAUGUUCCCGAGAUUUUUCACGCAUCCCUAGAGGAGGGAAAUCGAACCGGUGUGAUUUCUCCAUGGUCUUAAUGUUGGGAAGUGGUUUUUGAGACCGCCUGGUCUGGACUUAAAGCGGUUUCAAAUAUGUGAUUUUUAUUUAUUUUUUGAAAGUCAAAGCUGUUUUGAAAUGCAAAUUAUAAAAAUGUGAAGAACAGAUGUAAACAUUUUAACAUUAAUAGAAUGUAACCUAGCCACCAAGGUUUAACUGGUUCAUUUUAGAUGAUAAUAUAUUUGAUGUACUGAAGUAGAUAUUGUGUCCUAAAAAUGCUGUGCUUAAUGUGGUUUGAAAUCUUGUCAAAUUGCUUUCAUUUUCAUAUUUAUUAAAAAGCAGCUAUCUGUCAUUUGAUCUCGAAGAGUUUUAUGGGAAAAUCCAGGGAAAAUCCAGGGAAAUUUGAGUGUUACAGGAAUCCACUGCGUCUGUUAUAGCUUCACUUUUCCUUUGAGAUUUCAGUUUUGCUUUUCGGUUUUCCUGUUGGCUUAAAACAAUGUUAUACUAUC